UAAAAAAACCCAGCGAUGGAUGUGAGAGAUGGAGCAGCUGCGUGGGAAGCACUGGCGAGUCGGGACUCGUGUUCCAGAGAUGCUGCCAUGGAGCACAUCGAGCAGGAGGUAAAGAAGAAGGUGGAGAGUAUAGGACCGAUCCCAAAAACAUCAUCAUCCUCAUUAUCUUCAUCAUUGCUGUCGUCAUGUCCCGGGAAGGCUCAAGAUCUUAACUGCGCCUUGGCUCGCGUCCUCAUGCUCUCCAAGAGGUGUCCUUAUGAAGACGUGAGGGAAAGAUGCAUCUGGCUGCUCAGAGGCGUUCAGGACAUGGGAGUGCGAAUCCCCAGGCCACUGGGAAACGGACCAAGCAGAUUUAUCCCGGAGAAAGAGAUCCUUCAAGUCAGCAAAAUGGAUACCAGAACGCAGUCGAUAUUCGAGGACGCCUUUUCGCUCGGCCGGCUCGAUAACAUCUGCCUCGUGAUGGGCUUCCAUCCUCAGUACCUGGACUGCUUCCUGAGGACGCAGCAUUACCUGCUUCAGAUGGACGGACCCUUGUCCCGCCACUACAGGCACUACAUUGGCAUAAUGGCCGCUGCCAGGCACCAGUGUUCGUACUUGGUCAAUCUGCAUGUGAAUGAUUUCCUGCAGGUUGGUGGGGACCACAAGUGGCUGAACGGACUAGAUGGAGCCCCGCAGAAGCUGCGAGCACUGGGAGAACUUAACAAGAUCCUGGCUCACCGGCCGUGGUUGCUCACAAAAAUGCACAUUGAGAAUCUAUUGAAGGCCGAGGAGCACAGUUGGUCUUUAGCCGAGCUGAUCCACGCCGUUGUGCUGCUCACACACUACCAUUCUCUUGCUUCGUUCACCUUCGGCUGUGGGAUCACACCAGACAUUCACACUGAAGGAGGACACACUUUCAGACCUCCCUCGCUCAGCGGCUACUGUGCGUGCGACAUCGCAAACGGCAACGGCGCUCUGGAGGACAUGUUGGCAAACCAUCAGGAGAUGGAUGAGUCAGGCGAGGUGGAAGUGCUGAUGGAGAGGAUGAAGCAGCUGCAGGAGUGUCGUGAUGAAGAGGAGGCCAGUCAGGAGGAGAUGGCCACACGCUUUGAAAGGGAGAAGACCGAGAGCAUGUUGGUGGCCACGACAGAAGACGAGGAAUGUGUGCCGUCUCGUGACGUCUCGAGGCACUUUGAAGACCCCAGUUACGGCUACCAAGAUUUCUCCAGGAGAGGAGAGCAUGUGCCCACCUUCAGAGUGCAGGACUACAGCUGGGAGGAUCACGGCUUCUCCUUGGUGAACCGGCUGUACCCAGACGUCGGCCAGCUGCUCGACGAGAAGUUCCAGAUCGCGUACAAUCUCACCUACAACACAAUGGCCACACACCAGGAUGUAGACACUUCCAUGCUCCGCCGAGCCAUCUGGAACUACAUCCACUGCAUGUUUGGGAUCAGGUAUGACGAUUACGAUUAUGGCGAGAUCAACGAGUUGCUGGACCGCAGCUUUAAAGUCUACAUCAAGACGAUGGUGUGCAGCCCGGAGAAGACCACCAAGAGGAUGUACGAGAGUUUCUGGAGGCAGUUUCAACACUCUGAGAAGGUUCAUGUUAAUUUGCUUCUUAUGGAAGCGCGCAUGCAGGCAGAACUUCUCUAUGCUCUAAGAGCUAUCACUCGCUAUAUGACAUGAAGUGCUAUUACCGUUUCUCUUUGUAAUUUCACUGUUGUUGUUGCUUUCGUGGGACACGUUAAUAAAAGUAAAAACAACAAAAAAAAAGGAAAAAACCUAAAAAACCUAAAGCAAUGCCAGAAGUGGAGGAUGACUCAGAUCAUCUAUGGAAAAAAAUGAGACUCAAGGAAAAAAAAAGUCUGGAGAGAAGUCUGAAGCCACUUGCUGACUAAAGCGUGUUGUCUUUUGGCCUGCAGUGCCCAAGCCCACCAGCAGAGGGCAAAAUGUUCGCAAAGCCGUGUAAAGGGGCAGCAUUUGAUUUUUGGAGGCAAGCCCUCCUCGUAGUGUUUCUUUUCUUUUCUUUUUUUUUUUUUUUUUAGAUAAAAAGAGAACCAAUUAACUCCAGUACACCAUCAUGCCUUUCUACUCUUACUGUGUUUUUUUUUUUUCCUCAUAUUCGUUUUUAUCGUAGUGCAGGUGACUGGAGAGAAAAGCAUUAGUGAAGCUGCAAAUAAACGUGUGCCUGGUCACAUGCAGCACCAACACAGAGGUGCUGUUCAUUCAUGCUGCUUUUCUCAAUUGAGAGGCCGCGAGCCUCCAGAAAACCCCAGAACCUUUUGCCAAUUUCAUAAGCUAACGUGCCGGAUGAGACGGAGUGAGGAAUGAAAUGUAUGUUUGUUUGUUUGAGAAAGAAGUGAUAAAUGUGUGUGUGUGAUAUAGAGAGAGUGAGAGAUUCAAAAGAAAACAGCUGUCUGAGCCAUUGUUUUUGGUUUACUGUAAGUUACCACUCUGUCUCUAUUUACCAGUGUGUAUUAUAUAUACAUAUAUAUGAAAAGCAUAGCCUUUGUUGGUAUUUCGGGCCUAAAAAAUUAUCAAAGCACUUUGUUUCUGAAAUAUCACAAUAUGCUUCAGCUGUAAUGUAGCCGUUUUUUUUUUUUUUUUUUUUUUUUUUUUUUUUUUUUUUGGGUUAGUGACCAGUUUCCUAAAUUCACUUUGGUCGAUUUCCGAUAAAUCGAUAAAACCCAGUCUUCCCGUGUGACGUGACGUGCUUCCUGUCGGUCUGAACCUUCUCCCCCUAGCCCUGCACCUGUCUUCCCUUCACCAAAUGGUCAUCUUAACUCUCAAAAACAGCUAUAGUUUUUGUCUUUUUGUUAACGAUUGUCAGUAUAAAAAAAUUAAAUACCUCCUGUUCUAUAUCUCCUGAAGUAUCCGAGAGCUCGUUUGUCGUUGCGUUGACGCUUAGAGUCCGUCACGUAGACACUGCUUUUUUUUUUUUUUUUUAAUAUAUUUUUUCGAGAACUUCAAGGAGUAUAACUAAGCAGCUUUUAAAAUUGUUGAGUGUGUGUGUUUUUAAGGAUUUAAUCGUGUUUAAUAAAAAAAAAAAAAAAAAAAAAAAAAGUACUGCAUUCUGAUGAUGGCUGGAUCAGCUGGUUGUAGAAGAGUGUUGAGAGACAGACAGAGGGAUGGUACUUUUUUUGAGAAAUAUGCUAAGCAAUGAGUUUUCUUUUUUUUUUUUUUUUUUAAUCAAUCUUCAGAGCCUGAUGUCAGUGAGUGACAUUUUUUCUAAGAAAUAAAAUGUUAAUAAAGAAAAUAAAACAUUUUAAUCUCUUUGUA